AUGGCUAGAAAUACGUUAUACGCCAAAACGCAGCGUAUUGUUCUUCUGAUAGAUCUCAAUCCGCUUCUGGUGACACCACCUAAUUCGGAGCGAUACCUAGCCGUCGUGAUCUCCGCCGCCGAGAAGCUUCUCUCGUUUUCUCCUUUAUCUGCUUCUCUCUUCUCUUUCAAAUUCUUCAUUUCUUCUAUAUCCUCUCUCUUGUCUUCCUCGAAGCUCUCCGGACUCUCAAUUUCGUCUUCCUCACUCUCAUUUGACCUCCCUGGCCCUACACUCGUCUCUCUCAGACGCGCCCUCGACGCAAUUAAACGAUGCGAGCUCCGAUCUACUUCCACGGCGGCGGCGUCGCCUCGUGGAGUCAAUGUCGCGGCGUCUUUGCGACAGAUCGUGUACGAUUACGCUUGGGAGCCUGUGGUUCGAGAUCCGGAGAUAGGUAUGAUUCCUGGAUUUACCGAUGGUGGGUUAGAGAUCGUUAGGUCGAAUUUGGUCGUGAUGUUUUCCCCGAUUUCUAUGGAUUUGAAUUGGGUUUCUGAGUUUCUCCAUGUUAAGAGUGGCGAUGAGUGUCUCGGUGAAUUGGGUUUGUUCAAGUCAAAGCUAGGAGAGAUUUUUGACUGUGUGAAUGACUUGUUUGACGAUAGGGAUAUUCUCUUAAGCUGGAUUGAUGUUAGAUCUGAAGAUAGAAUUGGUGAAGGAAGCGAAUUGGGAUUCAAGUCUGGGUUUUUCGAUAGUGGGAUUAGAGAAUUGGGUUGGGGACAUUGUUCUACGGAUUCAAUUAUCUUUGGUUCUUCAAUUGUUCCUUUUGGAUUAAUAUAUCCAACAAUUGGUAUUUCUCCGAAGCUAUCUACUUGCCACAGAUUUACUGUUCAGGCUAAUCUCGAGAUUGAAGAUAUCAAUGGUAAACCUAUUGAAUGCAAGUGCGGUGAGCUAAAGUUUUCUUCUUCUGAAAUUUCUGGUGUGAAGAGGUCUGAGGAACAAUUUUGUGAUGGAAUCACUAACCUCAGUAUUAAAGCCUUGAGGAUGUGUGAUGACCUUAUCGAGCUAGAGAGGUAUACUUGUGGUACUUUUGUUGUUCAUGAAGUCUGUCAGGAAUCUGAGCAAGAUCAGGAGCAGGAGAGUGGGUUUUGGGCUGAUCGGGUUCUUCAGAUAUUAGUGAAGGAGACAGGUGAGAGAAUAGCGAAAAGGUCAUCACCCGUUUGGCAGAUCUUACUAAGUUAUCUCUAUAGAGAAGGUUUCUCAGCUUUGGUAUCUUUAACGAAUAGCGAUGGUAGUUCUCGUACAGGAGUCCUCAAGCCUUUUACUUUCUCCUCGGGUUUCAUCUGUGUUUUUGACAGUGAGGUCUCUCUGCAAACUGUGGAUCAUGAAGAUAGCAGGAAGAUAGUCAGUUGUAGCGAAACUAAAAGAAAAGCAAGCAGAAAGAUUCUGAACUCACUUCAUGACAUUAGCUGGGAGGAGUUCUGCAGAUCAGUGAAAGAAUAUGGUCAAAUAGAGCUAGAGGAUAUAUAUUUUUCGAAGUUUAGCAGUUCGAAGAAAUUUAAGUUUCUGAAAUGUUGGAUGAAACAGAUUAAGAAACCCAGAGGUUGCAGCUUAUCCGUGGCUAGUGAUUGCGUUGCACCGGAAGAUGUGGAAGCAGAUCCAGUUGAGGAAAAGCACAACUCAUCUGAAGAGACAGAAAAGACCAUCUCUUUACCUGUAUCUGAGGAGGAGGUUGCUUUGAGUGGAAAUCGUAUAUCCGUAAGGCACGAGAAUGACACAUGUAAUCAUGCAUCGGAGUCAUCAGAAAAUUUCUUUGCUAAUCUUCCUAGUAAAAUCAAGCAAGGGAUUGAGUCUAAGGAAAUAGACUUGGCAGCUCUAGCUGAGCGGCUUGUCAAGAACUGUCUCCUCCAUUCCUCUCAAAGACUUGAGAAGGAUUAUAGCUGUGAGAGUGGAACCCUCUCGUUGGUCACUGAGGAGCUAACCAAGAUGUUACUGAAAGAACCGAAAGAUUUAGUUACCAAGUUUAAAAAGAAAGAUUCAUCAUCAUUGGCAAGUGAGCCGAAGUCUGAUGAAGCUGCACCGAGUAGCAUCAUUAGAGAAUACGAGCUGCAAAUUCUUUUCCGGAUGGAGAUUCUAAGAUCAGAGAUAGGUUUGGGAAAUGAGGAGUCUGUGACACAGAAGUUUGCAAAACAGAUUUGCAUGCUUCUUGAGGCCGUUCAGUGCAAGUUAGACGGUGGAUUCUUUGGUGAUUGGAGCCUUGAUAAAUACGUGGACAAGAUAAUAAAAGCAAGGUAUCAUCACGUUCUUGGAGAAGUUGUGAAUAUAAUAUAUACAGAGAUGGAUCUGCUUAUGUUCAGCGACGAGGAUCUGGAAGAUAGUUUCAUGAACAAUGAAGACAGUAGUCAGUCAGGGAGAGAAAACAUCCAUAGCAAUGUCAAGAGUCAUCACCGUAGUCAAAGAACUAAAGAUGUUCCCGGUACGAGUAAGAAGAAUCUUUUGCGGAAAUUCAACAAGAAGUGCAGAGAAGUGAAGACAGAAGUUGAAGCACAAGAAAUGAGGGAAAGGGCAAGAAGAUUCUCGAGUUUCACAAGCUGGAUGCCUGAUCUUUGUAGAGUUUGGGCACCGAAGCAAGGGAAGAAUUGUAGUAAAGGCAAGGAGGAUCAGCAAAAGAGAAUGACCAAAAGGAAGAAGGAACAAAGAUCAGUGGAAUAUGACAGAGUAUGUGAGACACCAAUGACACCAGAGACUAAACGAACACGAAGUGGUAAUAGAAACGGCGACGAGUGUGGGACUCAGCCUCGUAGUUCAGUACCAAAGGCUUUGUUUCAGGAUGAUUCUUAG